AGUUGUGAAAUUGAACAGUGGGAUUCUGAUGAUCCUGUUUCCCGUUCUGAACUUCUUAAGAAGGUUGCUGGAAUUCAGGGCCUAUACUGCCUUUUAACAGAGAAGAUUGACAAGGAAGUGCUGGAUGCUGCAGGUCCCAGCCUUAAGGUAGUCAGCACAAUGUCUGUUGGGUAUGACCAUUUGUCACUGGAUGAACUUAAAAAAACGGGCAUCAGAGUUGGAUUCACACCUGAUGUAUUAACAGAAGCUGUGGCUGAGCUCACAGUGGCAUUGUUGCUGGCAACAUCUCGAAGACUUAUUGAGGCUGUGGAUGAAGCAAGAAGCGGAGGAUGGGGUACAUGGAAACCUUUGUGGAUGUGUGGAAGUGGAUUGACUGGUAGUACUGUUGGAGUCCUUGGUUUGGGAAGGAUAGGUGAAGCUAUUAUUAACCGCCUGAAACCAUUUGGUAUCAAGAAGAUCCUGUACAAUGAUAUAGUACCAAGGCAUGAAUUAGCAGCAAAGAUCUCUGCUGAAUUUGUGCCUUUAUUGGAGCUGGCCAAACAGUCUGAUGUUCUUCUUGUCUGCUGUGCACUAACACCUGAUACACAUGGCAUUUGCAACAAACAGUUAUUCUCCAACAUGAGAAGCAAUGCUGUGUUUAUCAACACCAGCAGGGGAGCUGUGGUAAACCAGGAAGAUCUUUACCAGGCUCUGGUAACUAAACAGAUUGCGGCUGCUGGUCUUGAUGUUACAGUGCCAGAACCCCUACCUACAGAUCAUCCACUUUUCAAAUUGAAAAAUUGUGUUAUUCUUCCCCACAUUGCCAGUGCCACUGUGGAAACCCGGAAUGCCAUGGCUGCACUUGCAGCAAAUAAUCUUUUAUCAGGAUUGAAAGGAGACCCAAUGCCCAAAGAAGUGCCAUUGAGCUAG